AUGCCGCUGACGCCAAACGAUGACAUUGUGGAGCUCAGUCGACGCUGCGACUCCCUGCGCAUGGCGCUGGCCUGUGCAGAGGAUGGUGUAAAAACCAACCCUGCACGAAAGUACAUGUAUUUGUGCGAGGCCAGUGGGGAGCAUCCAAACCCCACAUUUCUGCGCUUUAGUCAAGGCGCAUGUGGCAGUAGUCUGGACCUGCACCGCGCCUACCUCAGUCAGCGCGCAAUUCUGCCUAUUCUCCUCACAUUGCCCUUGUGUCCGUGGCUCAAGCACAUCAACCUUCGCGAGGAGCGCCUCACCACCACCCUCAUAGAAAUGUUGUGUGAGUCGUUGCAAAAUCUCCCACUCAUCAGGACCAUAGACGUUUCAGGGAACCCGUUUGGCUCCGUUGGCCUGCAAGCGCUUCUCAAACUUGUCCUUCGGAGACGCACCAUCGUGGAUUGCUACGUGGGAGGCACGCAAGGUGUGGGGUCGUUGCUGCGUCGGCUGCAUAUGGCAUGUGAAAGGAACUACCAAGGCCUGGCUGAGAUGGAGGAAGAGGAAGAGGAAGAGGAAGAGGAAGAAGAUGGUGAAAAGGAGGAGGAAGAGGAAGAGGAAGAGGAGGAGGAAGAAGAUGGUGAAAAGGAGGAGGAAGAGGAAGGGGAAGAGGAAAAGGUGGAGGAGGAUGAAGAAAAAGAAUUGGUCGAGGAGGUAGUGGUGGUGGUGGAAGAAGAGGCACCUGCCGCCCUUCUCAAUGAGUGA